UGCCUUUCAAAUGUUCUGACUGGCUGGGAAAGAAAGAGAGCUUAUCCCUGUACAGCAUAACUCUGCUGGGGGAUGGAGUUUCUUCUCAUCUUGUGAGAUCUAAGUGUGAGAGGCAGGACCUCACAAAGAGGGUGAGUAGCUGAAAUGCCAAGUGUAUGUCGGAGUCUUACUUUGCUCUUUUUCAUUUUUAAGUUGCUGCUGCUAGAAUUCCUUCCAUCUGACGUAGGAAUCAAAGGUAACUCUUGAGGUUAAACAGCCUGUGCUGUAAUAUUGAUACCAAACUGCCCGUGAAAGACUAUUGCCACAAGUAAAUCCCUUAAUUCUUUUGUUUGAAAAACUAGAUGAAGAACAUUCAGAACAAAUCAGGUGGUCUGUGCCUCUUGACUUACAACGGCUGGGUGUAUUUCUGCUCCUCCUUUGAGUAGUAACAUGUUACAGGUCUCUCCAGGAGUGGUGGUAGCCUAUGGACCCAGCAGUGCAAAUGCCUGGCAGUGCUGCUGGCAUCCUCUGGCCUGGCCUCAGCUUGUGUGUGUGUGUGUGUCUGUGUGUGUGUUUUCACAGAUGCAGACGUUCAUCUGACUCUUAAAUGCUUUCUUUGAAUUUCAGCUUGCAAACUGGUUUGCAGCUCUGUUCUGGGAGAAGCCCUGCUGGAGUUAGUGGCACUACCUGUUGCAGCAGUAUUGCUGAUAAACAGCCUUGUAAUCCUCUGAGUCAUAACAUAUGAAAUAAGAGUGAGCGUUUUAUAAAUGCAGGUAUCCAGUUUGGUGUGUUGAGUAUAAAGUGAUGACUUGAGUGCUUUUCUCGCUUCCCAUUCCAGUUGUGGCUGUGCUGGGCUGUGGCAGGAGCCCCAGUGACUGUGUCACUGCUGUGUGUCUGCUCCCUGCACGCAGAGCAGUGUCACGACAACAGGACUGUGGCUUGACACCAUCCGUGCACUUCUGCUCUCAUCAGAGAGGGACAUCCCGUUUGGCUUAACUGUGUCAGCAAUUUGUCUGACUGAAUUUCACUUUAAAUAUUUUUUGUGGCUAUCAAACACAAGCUGCCUUAGGAUAUGACUGUGUAUCAUCUGUAAUUUGCUGUCUGGACAGGGGUAGCUGCAUUGACAAGCCUGUCCCUGCAUGCAGUCCAUUGGUGUGUGACACAAGGACAGGGCUGGCUUGAGGCUGCCUGUGCUGGGGGACGGAUGGAGUGUCUGCCCACCCCUGCUGAUGAUCCCUGUAUUCCAUUCAGGAGGAUUUCAAGCAUCAUUGAAAGGACACGUGUCAUGAAGGGCGUCUGUCCUCAGCCUUGCUGUGAUGUGGUUGGCGAGUCCUUAGCUCAGGUUGCACCCAAACUAAGCUACUUUCACCUGUGAACUUGUCUAGAAAUUCAGAGCUCCCAGGCUGGUGAGAGAAGUAGUGAAUAGUUGGGAUCACACCUGGGCAUUUUAGCAUGGCCUCAUGGUAUCAUCCUUUUGUAUGGCACAUCUCGCUCCUGUACUGGUUUGCCAGGGAGGUCUGUAUGUGUCUUGUGGUUUUGGGUUCUUACACAAAGGUCACAGAGAUUUCUCCAUGCCCCUUCUGUGACGAGGGCUAGAUUUGUUUCAGAUAAUUGCUCUUGUAGAUUAUUCACUCCCGUGUUACACAGCAGUGCUGUGAUCAAAGAUUAAAUCAUGCCUUUGCACAGGCUUGCAGUGCCAUCUCUUUCUUUCGCUGAUGAAGUCUUGGUUCAUCUGUACUGGACUUACAUGCUGACCAAAAUAAUAUCAUAUUCAUGAAUUAAAAUAACACUCAUGGACAUCUCUGUCUUUGAAAUAUUCUGGAUAUGUAAUUCAAGUUAAUUUUAUUAAGACUGCAGAUCUCCUCUGUCAUGAUUACUGAUGAGGUUUCUGGCUGGCUGCAUCAUUUCACUUUCAAGGAGAUAAGAGGAGGGGAAUUGUGUAUCCUUUCAGCAGCCUUCUGUUAAACUUGGAAUACCACAGUUCAAGCACUUGAACAGAUGGAUAAUGGAGACUGGGGAUAUAUGAUGACUGAUCCAGUCACGCUAAAUGUGGGUGGACACAUGUAUACGACCUCCCUCACAACUCUAACGAGAUAUCCUGACUCAAUGCUCGGGGCCAUGUUCAGGGGAGACUUCCCCACUGCCAGGGACUCUCAGGGCAAUUACUUUAUUGACAGAGAUGGACCACUUUUCCGUUAUGUUCUUAACUUUUUAAGGACCUCAGAGCUCACUUUACCGCUGGACUUCAAGGAGUUUGACCUGCUCCGGAAGGAGGCGGACUUCUAUCAGAUUGAACCCUUAAUUCAGUGUCUUAAUGACCCCAAGCCGCUGUAUCCCGUGGAUACCUUUGAGGAGGUGGUGGAGCUGUCCAGCACCCGGAAGCUUUCCAAGUACUCCAACCCGGUGGCUGUGAUCAUCACGCAGCUCACCAUCACCACGAAAGUCCAUGCACUGCUGGAAGGCAUUUCAAACCACUUCACCAAGUGGAAUAAGCACAUGAUGGACACCAGGGACUGCCAGGUGUCCUUCACCUUUGGGCCAUGUGAUUACCACCAGGAAGUGUCGCUCCGAGUCCAUCUCAUGGAGUACAUCACAAAGCAAGGCUUCACGAUCAGGAACACCAGAGUCCAUCACAUGAGCGAGCGUGCCAACGAGAACACAGUGGAGCACAACUGGACUUUCUGUAGACUGGCACGGAAAACAGAUGACUGAUUCUGACUCCACGAGAGCCACUUCAGUAAUUAGCAACUUAAUUGGACGGUGAACCCAAGAGAGUCUGGAUUUUGAUUUAAGCAACAAUAUGGGCUUUUUUUAUACGACUAUUUAUUGUUUAUCAGUGAGGACUGGAGGAGUUUCAUUCUCUAGCAGCUCUGUUCUUUUGUCCAGUUCAGAAAAAAAACCGUGCAUGUGCCUGUUCAGUCAAGACACCUUUUUGUUUGAAAGAGGGAGUCCGAAGAAUCAGUACAAUAGGGUAUUUUGUGUCAUUAACACAAUUCUCUGACUCGACUCAAAGUGCUAAAAUUACCUCUUGUUUAAAUGGUUUCUAAUCCAUCUAAUGCUAUGACACUGGGAGCAAGAAACAAAAACGAUUUUAAAAUGCAGUUGGGGAGAAGCUGCUAUUGUGUAGACUAGUUUCUAAAUCAAUAAACAGUAUUGUAAUAUUCUAGGAAAACAAAUCCCACCCUUUGAAAGUACUUGAUAAGUACAGUUUCUUGCAGUUAUGACAACUGUUUCUUUCUAUGCAUAUAAAUCAAGCAACCAAAUAUUAUCUGUAGCCAUGGAAAUACGAUUACAAAUAUUUAUAUUGGAUUCUAAAUGCAAAAUGUCCCUGUGGUAGAAUUCAUAUUUUUAAUGCCUGGUGCAAUAUUAUUCCCAAGUGUAAUGCCUGCCAGAAGAAGCUAAUAAAAAUGUGAAAUACAGAA